AUGGCCGUCUCGACUCUCAAGGGUGUCUGGACACGACAGUGUACGGCAGAGGCAGGUCGCAGCAAAGUAGACUCAGGCUCGCACGAUGGCAGGAUGGCAUUGCACAGAGCAGCGGCCGCAGGACUCGGGGGCGACGGCGAGACCCCCAGCGACGGCGGGCGCGACAGCAGCAUUGGGCCCGCCGACUGGGCUGCACUCGGGUGGGCCGCGUCGGGGGCGCGGUCGGCCACGGCCAGAAGCGAGGUGGUUGAUCGGCGCGACUCGAGCGAGCGAGUGACAGCCGAUGACGCAGAGCGCGCGCGAUCAGAGAUACCGAUAAUCGCGCCUUAUAAGCCCGUCCUCUCCCCCGCGCUCCUCCCCAUCCCCUGUCCCCCGCUCAAACACCACAUCUCUCUCUCCAACUCAUCAUGCCAGUCAAGGUCGGAAUCAACGGGUCGUAUCGGCCGUAUCGUCCUCCGUAAUGCUCUCCUUCACGGAGACAUUGACGUCGUCGCUGUGAACGACCCUUUCAUUGACCUCGAGUACAUGGUUUACAUGUUCAAGUAUGACUCCGUCCACGGUCGCUUCAAGGGCACUGUUGAGGCCAAGGAUGGAAAGCUUUACGUCCAGGGCAAGCCCAUCGUCGUUUUCGCCGAGAGGGAUCCUGCCAACAUCAAGUGGGGCUCCGUCGGUGCCGACUACAUUGUCGAGUCUACUGGUGUUUUCACCACCAUCGACAAGGCUUCUUCUCACCUUAAGGGUGGUGCCAAGAAGGUCAUCAUCUCCGCCCCGUCUGCUGAUGCACCCAUGUUCGUUUGCGGUGUCAACCUCGACGCUUACGACUCUAAAUACACCGUCAUCUCGAACGCAUCUUGCACAACCAACUGCCUUGCGCCCCUCGCCAAGGUCAUCCACGACAAGUUUGGUAUCGUUGAGGGUCUCAUGACCACCGUCCACUCGACGACUGCGACUCAGAAGACAGUCGAUGGUCCUUCGAACAAGGACUGGCGUGGUGGUCGUGCUGUCGGCAACAACAUCAUUCCCUCCUCUACCGGUGCUGCCAAGGCCGUGGGCAAAGUCAUCCCCAGUCUCAACGGCAAGCUCACCGGUCUCUCUUUCCGUAUCCCGACAAUCGAUGUUUCCGUCGUUGACCUCGUCGUGCGGCUCGAGAAGCCCGCAUCGUACGAGGACAUCAAAGUCGCCGUCCAGGAGGCCGCCAACGGCCCGCUCAAGGGUAUCAUGGCGUACACCGACGAGAAGGUCGUCAGCACGGACUUUGUUGGCAACGAUGCGUCGUCAAUCUUCGACGCUGAGGCGGGUAUUUCGCUCAACCCCCACUUCGUCAAGCUGAUCUCAUGGUACGACAACGAGUGGGGUUACUCGAAGCGUGUCUGCGACCUCCUCGCGUUCGCUGCCAAGAAGGACGGUGCGCUCUGA